AUGCUCGAUGAAACCGAUAUGAUAGAAUUUGGGCUACUGCCUUUCGAUCACUAUGUUAUGGAUAAAUGGGACCCUAACUCCGUGCUUCCGAAAACCCAACAAUUCCGCGCCCUUGUUGAUUCUUGGGUUCGUCUUGGCAAAGAGGGCCGCAAUGAAUAUCCAGAUGGCCACGAGUUGCUUCCCGACGAGAUUCCUUCUCAUGUUCCUCAAGAUUUGAUGUCAGAUGAGGAACGCACAAGAGAUGGUCAAACAUCACCAAUACUCUGGAUUCGGACAUGGUUUGGGAGAAAAGACGAUCCGGCUAGUUGGAGUGCUGCCGACGCGGGAUAUAGGCGUAUCCGCUCAAUUACUGCUGAAGAUGACCUGGACAAUAUUUUGGACCAAGAGUGCUUUCAUGACAACGAAAAAUCCAGUUCUAAUAAUCCUGUACCCGAUGGAGACGAAAGUCCCGAAUUCAUCGAUGGAUUCGCUUGCGGCACGCCAGGCUCUGUGCCGUCAUAUAUGAUCACAGCCUUAAUGAACAAGCCAGAUACGUUGGACGGCCUCUCAGACCGCAAUUGGCCAACAGAGUCUUAUAUGAGACCACCCGAGCCAGAUAUGUAUCAAUCCCUUAUGGUUGUUGUCGCUGAUCGUAAAGCGUGCGAGGAGGGAUGGAUGUUGCUCUUAGCGGUGAAUCACAAGGGAGAGCUUCUUCCAUUCAAAAUUCGCGAAAGGGCUUCAUGGACAACGCAACUUUUGGUCAAUUUCACGGAUGGCCAGCAUUUAGAUGAGGAUACUCGAAAUCCUGAACAUGAUAUCGAAUAUUACCGGCAUGAAGGAGAUGGCUGGGCUGAUGCUUCUGUGCCCUGA